UAUCCUAAUCAAUUGCGUUCUAACCCUUUAACGAACGACAAAGAAAUCUGUUAGGUGAAAAAAUUUGGUGUUUUUGUUUUGGUUUAAGAUGGAGACAGAAGGUACAAGCGGUGAGAAUUCAGCUGCGAAGAAACAAGCCGAUAGAAUGAAACGUUUAAGGGAUCUACAUGCGAAAAGAAAUGAAGCUAGACAACAGAACCACAAGGAAGUUGUAGAGGAGGAUAAGAGGAAUAAACUUCCUUCGAACUGGGAAUCGCGUAAACGACAAGCGGAAUGGAUUGUGCAAGAUGAAGCUGCAAGGAAGGAAGCUGAGGAAAAUGGAGAAGAUUACGAGAGGACAAAAUUACUUCACAUUGAUGCAACAGAAGCAGAACGUAUAGCCAGAAAGAGGAGGAAUAAAAAAAAUCCAGAUCCAGGUUUUUCAGAUUACGAACAGGCAGCUAUUCGGCAAUAUAAUAGGCUAGUAAAAAAUAUCAAACCAAACAUGGAUUCUUACGAGGAUGCUAAAGAUAAAUUAGGUCCAGCCUUUUAUGGAGACAGAAACACCAUAUUGCAUGGUCUGCACGAAGAUAAAAAGGAAGCUAUUGAUAAAAUGGUUGAAGAUUUGGAGAAACAGAUUGCAAAGAGAGAUAAGUAUAGCAGAAGAAGAAUGCACAACGACGAUGCUGACAUUGAUUACAUCAACGAACGUAACGCGAAGUUCAACCAGAAAUUGGAGAGGUUCUAUGGAGAAUACACACGUGAAACGAAGCUUAAUUUGGAGCGGGGUACAGCUAUAUAA